CCCUCUCUCUCGCUGUCUCUCUCACUCUCACUGUCGCUGUCACUCGCACUCUCUCUCUCUCUCUCUCUCUCUCUCGCUCUCCCUCUCUCUCGUUAUACUCACUGAGCGGGAGCCAGACUCGGCUCCACUCACUCACUCACUCACUCACUCACUGCCUCUUCGCAGUCAUGCUGCCAUGGAGACGGAGAAAGAUCGUUCUCGUGGAAGAGGAGACCAAAGCCAAGCCCAAGAGUUUGGGCGUGGGGACGGGGGGCGCCUACGGCUCCGUCGUGUGGUCCCUGGUGCGCUCCUUCCCUGACCUGCUGCCCGAGUGGCCCCUCAAGCGCCUGGGCCGGGCCUUCCGCUCCAAGCGGCAGACGGUGGAGCUGAACCGGGACGACCCGGUCUACACCGUGCGGUACCUGGGCAGCGCGGUCACGCUCAGCGGCAAGGGCGAGGGCUGCACGGAGGAGGCGGUGGGCAAGAUCUGGAGCCGCAGCGACUACGGCGGGAAGGGCGCCCGGAUGAAGCUGGCGGUGGGGCCGCAGGGCGUCCGGCUGGGCGCCUCCGGCGACCGGAGGAAGCCGUGCCACCUGUUCUACCUGCACCGCGUCACCUGCUGCGCGGCCGACGCCCGCCGGCCCAAGAUCUUCGCCUGGGUCUACCGGCACCAGGUGAAGAACAAGGCGGUGGUGCUGCGCUGCCACGCCGUGCUGGUCGCCCGGGCGGAGAAGGCGCGGGCCCUGGCCCUGAGCCUCAGCCAGGCCGCCGCCGCCGCCUUCGGCGAGUUCAAGCGGCUCAAGCGCCAGAGCGACCUCCGCCACGUCCGCCAGCAGCUGCUGGGCGAGGGCGUGGCCCCGCUCACCCCCAUCAGGAGGCUGCUGAACGGGCAGUGCCGCUACCAGCCGGCCGCCGACCGCCACCCCGCCGCCCGGCUCUGCGCCAUCGCCGAGGAGGAGGAGGAGGAGGAAGAGGAGGAGGUGGUGGAAGAGGAGCGGGGGGAGCGCGGGAAGCAGCCGCUGCCGGACGGGUACACGGCUGCCGAGGACACGGCCAGCCUCCGGGGCGACGGCACAGACUCCUCCGGGCCGUCCGCGGCGGGCUGAGCGCCGCGCCCGCCGUAAGACCACGCCCCCCUGACGGCGUGUUCUUUUACAUCCCAGCGUCCCUGGAACUGCCACCGCCGCUGCCUCUCCCCCCCCCCCCUUCCCCCGGGAGAGAGAGAGAGAGAGAGGAAAAAAAACGAAAUACUGCGUGACUUAUUUCGUCCCUCGUUCCGUUACCCGAUCGCUGCCGCCGCCGCUCCAACAAUGCCGCGCUGUCCAGAGGAGAGCUACUGACUCGGAGUGACUCGGAGGGGUCAGGCUGUUCGCGGGACAGGGCGAGGCGAUGGUCUCGGUGGAGUUAGUCAGAGAGCAAUCAGUAAGCCCGUGACAUUUACCUUCCUGGAAGUGCGUAACUCCGAACGGAUCGAGAUAUUUGUUCUGGUUCUUGGCGUUUGCCUUUCUGGGACUUGAAGGGUGUGUAAACACUGUAUGUUCUUUAGUGGAUGAAGGUUCUCAGGCAGGUACUAUUUGUAUAAGGUAAAGUUUAUUGUUAUCUAGAGCUCAUUUAUUUUAAUUUAUGCUCAAGUGUUCAUGCUGUAUUUUCUUCUACAGUUGACUUAAUUAUCAUAAGUGACAAACCAUAGAUUAUACACUCAGUUUUAAUGAGAACGGCAAUUCAUCACAUUAAUAUUAUUUUAGCCAGACAGCUGUUAGGGCGUAAGAAUUAAGUCAUCCUUCAAACCUUGACAUUUUUAUAGCUGUAAUUUGUAAUUUAUUAAAUCUAUGUGCCAUAGGUUGCAAGACAACCAAACAUAACCAAUGAUAUUUCAUGUGUGUUUUUAUUUUUUUAUUUAUUUUCAUGUAGCACAUUUUAUGUUGGGGGGUUUUUUACUUCUAACCUGUGACACCCAAGACUCGGUAUUAUCAUAUUUCUUUGUUUGCAUUACUACUUCUUACAUAAAUGUAAUUACAAUAAAAUGUAAUUAAUCAA